CGACGCAGCGGAAGGUUUCGCCUGUGUAGGUGCGCGUGACGCGCUAACUUGUCAGCGAAAUGGACCGACCGGUCGUGAUGAAUUGUUGACGAUUACGACAUUCGAGUCGCGUCACGCGAGAUAGCAGUCUAGGCAAAACUCUGCGCUGAAGAGAAGCAAGAACUUCUUGGCGCAGAAAUCGCCUGGUAGCCCUGAAAUAAUAAGAGCGCGACGAAAGUAAGAGGAAAAUUAUCAUUUCCUCACGAUAACGCGGUCACGCGAUGGACUUUAAGUAAUUCAGUAUUUUUUACUGAACGUUUAUCCACUCUCUCGUGUAUACAUGUAAAGUGUAGAAGGUAAAUCGAUAUACACGGAAUGAAGCUGACAUCGGCUGAGACCAGCUUUAAUCGCGAUCGUCGCAGAAACUCGUUAAAUUAAUCUCAGCCGAGAGGCCGUCCUUUCCACGCGCGUAAAUCAGGCAUAAGCUACGCCCCCGGCGAAUCCUUUCGUAUCCCGUCGUGUAACACUGUCGUCCUACCCCAAAUACGAGGAGAAAUCAAUACCAAACCGAGUGUUAGCGUGUAUGUCCCUCUUUACGCACGCACGCACGCACGCACGCACGUUUAUACGCGCGUCGACAUUAAAUAAUACUUUUGCUCGCUGACGACUUUUUCCUUGAACUGUGCUAUCCCUAUUUAAAGUUCGUUUGCACUAGUAACCAGUUACUAUUGACCUUCUCGUUAACUGACUUUUCUUCACGUAUACUACUGGUAAGCACUGUAAUCUGUGAGAAGGGCGGAGUAUCGCUAACCCGGGAUUAGUUAACCCGGAUUGUCGAGGACACUCGGUUACACCAACACGUCAAUUAGUGCUAACCCCGUUUAACCGACUUUUCCUUAUCUGUCUAUAUAUUGCGCCGUAAUCACGAAGAAAACAACGAGACGUUAUUCCGAAAUUAAUCGGGGCUGUUGGUGUGCAACUUGAGAACAACGCGCAUGCCGUUAUGAGUUCGCUCGCGAAUUUCGCGAGGAAUGAAUCUCGAAUUCUCUGUUUUUGAACGUAUGAAUGCAGGAUAUACGGUGACGAGUAUGCAUCUGACGAUAUCACAAGAAACAGUAACGUAAUGUUUUCUUAUAGCUCACAGCGAGAAAGAGAGAGAGAAAGAUUGUUAAGUUUUAAGAAAGAUAGAAAUUGGUAUUUUAUGAUCUGAAGCUAUUGAUUCUUUAAUUAAUUAGGAAGUACAGGACGUAUAUAAUUGAUAACAUUUCUUCUCAUAUGUCGAGUUUAUUUAAUUAUUCAUUGCGAUACAGCGAAAUGAGAGGCAACAUUAACAAUUAUUAGUGGUAUAAUUAAAAUACUAACUCCAAUAUAAAUGUACUUGAACCUAUCUGAUGCUAUCUACUUACGCCUAUCUGAUAUAUAUCAUGUUUCAACUAAUAUUGGAAUAAUACAAAUGCAAAUGUCUAGGCAAACUCAUAAUAAUUUUUCCGUAUGAUAAAACGCGUUUUACUUAACAAGUUCAAGUUACAUAAAUUAACUGUAACCCCGCACGAGGUUAUAUGACAAGUCAAUAAAAAGAUAGCGGCUUUUAUUUGCAUACAUACCCGUCGGCGAUGUAGCUCGCGAUCCCGAUAUAUUGACGCGACGGAUCAUGUGCCUUCGACGUUUCGCGUCGAUAAAAUAUUAUGUCUGGCUUGAGUCUAUUAUAUAUCGCGCCGAAAGUAGCCUCCUUGAAGGGGGUCUAUAAGCGAUGCACGCUCCAACCCCCCGUGAUACCUAACAAACUUUGACCUACGACCUGGCCUCGACCUCCAAAUUGCCUGCCAUUUCGGCGCUUGUUUGCGGGAACGGAAAAAGAAAGGAUGACUGGUAAAGCAGCCGCGGUUUCUCCCCUCCGAACCGUAGGAUACGUGCUCGCAGGGUUCCUGACGACUUGUCCUGAUAGAGUCACCCCGGUGUAUUUUCGUCAGGACCUGCCAGCGCGCAAUCCUCGUCAAAGAAGUUAACGACGCGGCUAAUUAGCACCUCGAAACUUUGGGCUGAUGCAUCGUUCGCGCGAAUUUUGCGGUUUCUCUCUCUUUCUCUCUCAAUUCCUUCUUUCCUCUCUUUCUUUCUCACGCUGCGCACUAUACUUACUCGUUACGGUAUCAUUCAUUACCGUCGCCGUUAUCGGCACACAACGGAAAGAAGAGCGAUAACUCUUCCUGCGACUUAACGCGCGACCGUUCGCCGCGACGCGUUCGUGAAACCCAUCUCGGCUGUUUUACCGUAGCCAUAUAUUGUAGCUGUAUUAUUGUUUUUAUAGCGCACACCCGGAUAAUUCUUUUUUUCCCGGGCUUACCAAAACGGUGCGCUUUAUUGCGGUGCGUCGUGACGUUUAUAGCCCGCGACGAACUGCCUGGCAAUCCGUGCCGUCACCCACGGGAAAUCUGCCUAGACGUACAGGGAAUAUCGGCCAAAGUAUUGGCGUUCCUGUUUGCCGCUAUAACUGAGUACAUAGCUAAUAAUAGUUGAUAAUAAUAAUUCGUGACAUGAAGGGAACUAGAAAAAGAAGGAAGACGGCGUUCACGCUCUUCCAUCGUUGCGCAACAAAGCAGGCUCUGCACGGUGGUGGCCGUCGUCCAUUCUCGAAGCGUGUCCUGCCGACGAACCGACGGCUGUUGGUUCCAGUUUUUCAAUAAUACCGGUUCUCUGGGCUUCACCGGCCGCCUAACGAAAGCCGUUAGGUAACUCGAGGGAGAUCGAUCUCUCGCGCGCGCGCGCGAGAGAGAAACCCGCGCCUCUCGCACAAGCGUGCGUGCGUGCACACACGCACAGCGUUCGUGCAGCAGAUGAAAGGGAUGCUCGUGAAUAUGGGGAGAUCGAGAGGAGGAACAGGGCGAACCAGGGCACCAUCGUAAACUGCUGGGAGCCCCUCGAGACACCCUCCGAGUCCUCCCAUGGCAACCGCGUCCCGUAACAAUCUCUCUUCGCUCUCGCGUAACCCUCUCGUAUCGAGGGUGGUGGCUCCCUCUCGUUCACCCCUUUCUCUAGCGCGCUGCGAAUUGCAAAAUGCAAGGUUUGCCGUUCGCGCGUUGAAUACCGAUGUGCAACGGCGGCGACACCCUCGGCCGAAAGUCGCUUAAGACCGGGGAUUGCCGCCGUGAAUUGGAAGUCAUGGCGAUAACUCCUCCGUUAAGACCCUCCGUGGCGAGGGAAAAAUCUCCCAAAUGUUCUCCGUAUUCUCCUCCCACGCGGCGCCACCGCCUCAAACCCUCGCUCGCGGUUCUCUUAUCGUUUCGCUCUGGUCGCGGAUUCCGCGAUAACGAUACCCCUUUCGCCGCAGGGGAGAGGAGCAGGGAGAGCGGUGAAAACUACGAAAAUGUAUAGGGUGUCUGACGCAAACUGUCUCAUAUCUCGUGUAUAUGUAGAUCAGGUCAAACUGAACGCAAAAUUCCUCUACCAUUCAGCCAAACAGCCACGUUAAAGCUUAAAUUGUUAAUUAAAUGAUCUCGCGCGAUACGGUAUGACAGCGACGUCUGUAGUCGUGUGUUGGCAAAUUAGGUGUGAACAAAGUCUCAUCAUUUGCAAAUGAUCACGUCAAUUUUUAGUUAUUAAUUAAAGAGCAUUGGUAUAUUUGCCAAUAUUCUUUAAUUAAUAACUAAAGAUCCACAUAGUUAUUUGCAAAAUGUUAUAGGAGUGGUAUAGAAAUUUCUGUUCAGUUUGAGCCUACGAGAAGUAGAUUGAGAAAUCUUGCGAGUGAAAAUGAAAGAACUUGUUUUACAAAAAUCUAUUUUUAUUUUUCGACGCGACAUUAAUUUAUUUUUAAAGCAAUUAAUUAAUUUAUAAUUGAAUGCAAUUAUAAUUUAUAAUUGAUUUAUAAUAUGAAUUUAUAAUUGAAUUGGUUUUGGCGAUGCUGAUAUACUAAUCAUGACGGUACGUAACUCUACGUAUUAAGUUUUAUCACGUUUUACCACGUUUUUGAGUACGAGUUCUCAUCACUUUUUAUUUUGUCCUCGUACAAGCACACGACGGCAGAUGUUAUCACAACUCAUCCUCCGUAUAUCGCGCGCACCAUUAUCAAUCUUCCUUAACUGAUAACUCAAAAUUUUCCGUGGUUGUUUGCGGUAGAGAAGAUUUGCGUUUCAGUUUGAUCUAAUCUACGUGUAGACGAAGUAUGGAACGCUUUGCGUCAUACACCCCGUACAGAGGAGGGGGCUUUUCUUUCUCGGGGUGAGACGCGUUUGUGCGCAAAUCGCGUCGGACCUCUAGGUGGUUCUGUUUCGUGCGAACGACCCCGUGGUUACGUCUAAACGAUAAAUCGGACAGGAGAAGCAGUGGAAAUGGGAAAGUGGCGUGCCGCGAUGCAGUAACAGUAACUCGACACGUGGCUUAUAUAGACGCUGAAACUAGGAGUGGCCCGGCGGGCGCGCGCUUGUACUCGUUUGCGCCUCGUCUCGACGAUGCUGUUACAUCCACCUUUGCACGUAACAAAAGCCGCCGCAUGUUCGCAAAUUGUUAACGCGAUCUUGCGCGUAUUCGCGCGCGAGUGCACGUAAUUAACAAUCGUAUGCGCCCUGUGCGGAGUAUCGCGCUUGAUUUUGCCACGCGGUUUUUUCUCACCAGCGGUUGCAAAUCGAAAAUAUAAAUUUUCACAAGGUACAUUUUUAUUUUUUUUUCCGGAUAAUUAAAAAAUUGCCGCAAAUGCGCAUUCGGUUCAUUUUGCGUGACGUUCAUAACUUCGUAAAUUUCUUUCUCUCUCUCUCUCUCUCUCUCUCUCUCUCUCUCUCUCUCUCUUUUUGCAUAGCGUCCGCGCCGGUUGAAUGACCCGAAUAUUAUCGUUUCGUCCAAUAUUCUCGAUACGCUGCGCGCUACAUCGGCACGAUAGUUUAUUAUUGCGGUCUGUCGCGCGAACCGUCGCGGCUCUUUAUCUUGCGACUUGGUAAAUAUUGUUCCUUGGGCGCUGUGACGAAGAUAAAUGCAUCGAAUGUCAGCGGCGUCGUGCUCGCAGAAAAUACCGCGUGGACGAAAUGUCAAGUACGUGGCGCUCUGUCUCUCCCCCGCCUCUUUUUUACCGUAUAUAAAUAAGGAGAUAUUAAUAAUAUCGGUAAUAGAGGUAAGGCCGAAAUAUGAAAAGGAAGAAGUGAACGUAUCCUCUCGUUUGCUGUUCGUUGUAACAAAGGCAUUCGGGAAAUAUCGCGUUGACAUUUUUAUUUACUUCAAACAAAUUACAAUUUUUUCGAAAUAAAUUUCAAACGCAAUUUUUUCGAAAAAAUUUGAAAGUGAAUAAAGCGCCAUAUAAAAGUAGACGUUUUUAUCGAAUGUUAUCCGUGUAGAAAGUUUGGUCAUUGAUUCUGUAAAUUUCAUCGAACUUGAAGAACCAAUCGAAAAUCUCGAGACGUAACAUUGUGCAGGCUAUUGUCCUUUUGAUGCUACAAGUUGUUAUUUACUGUCCAUGUCCCAUAUGGAUUAUUAUAAAAAUUCUUAAUUCAGAAGUAUUUGAUGUUUGAUUAUCUCAGUAUUCCACCUGCAUCUAAGCUUUAUCAUUAAUUUUAAGAGCAAUGUAUUAUGUAACUUAUUUAACUGCAGAUAAAGUAUAGACAAUAAGUAAAUACGAAAUAAUUAAUACAUAAGUAAAUAAUCUGAUUUACGAAUAAAUUAACAAACUUUCUCUUUACUCUUAAAAUAUUUAUUAUUCUUUUUUACUAGAGUUUGAAAUUUUGAUUAGAUCUGGAAAUUCAAAAGAGGUGAAGAACUAACAAUUAUAAAAAGGAGGCUCAUUACAAGUACAAAAAUAUAGGUACAAGUACAAAUUAGCACUUGCGAAACUUAAAGUAGAUACGAAAAUUUUCGAUUCGCGGGCCCAUCCAAUACACGUUACGGUCCUGGUAACACGGGCCGUCUCGAAAGUUUGCAGUGUUUUGAUAACCGUCGGUUGUUACGAUGUCUCAGUCACCAAGAGUACGCGUCAUUGAUUGGCGAGCGACAACAAUAGCCGUCUGGCGGUUGACGACUUUGUUUUCUUUUUUUUCUCUGCCGAUUUUGGUACUGUCGUGCGUCGCGUACCUUCUCGUGCCCGACUCAUUACGUUUCGAGCCGAUGAACGACGCACAUACCGCGCGCGGAGUAUGUGCAUCGGUACUUUGGCCAUUAUUUUCGUUGGAUGGUCAAGCCAUCUCGUCGACUCUGGAAACAUUUAAUCGAGCUCCUGUCGGCGUCGCGUCGCGUCAUUCAGCACGCGUUCUCCCGUUCGAAUCGUACCUACGCGAGUGUCAGUGUUAGUGAGUAUCCGGGACGACCGAGCAGGAACAAAAUGCUGGUUCGGGAAGCGAGGACGCAGGACACCGGGACGCGGGUAGCGAUACAUCACAUAUCUCCAGAUGGAAGACGAGGGAAAUCACGGCAACGACGACACUAGAUGUUUCAUCCUGUCGACAUUGGCCGCGUUACAGUGGUCUAGAGUUACGUGCGUUCUUUGUCGCGCCGCUAUGCUGGUUUUCGAUAGGUACCCGCUGGUGGACGGCACGUUCUUCUUGUCACCCAGACAACAUUCACCCGCUUGUGCCGAGGUGAAGGUCGAAGGUCGCACGCAAUUUUUGUCAGCCGUAUGCAUGAGUUGUUUGGAGGGCAGCGGCGGCCAGCCCGUACGUUGUCGUUGCUGCACCCAACCGUGGGAUGGAUCGAGCUUGGUCCUCGGUACCAUGUACAGCUAUGAUAUUUUUGCGGCCAUGCCGUGCUGCAGCGAACGACUCAAGUGUAAUAGCUGCCAGAAACCCCUGAUCUACCCGCACCAGCGAUUGAACUUCUACUCGGACUACAGCCGCGUCUUCGCCUGCCCGCACUGCAGGGCGGUCGACGCACACUUCGUGAAGCCGCUGUCGGCCUGCUUCACCCGCGAGCAGUUUCAGCUCUACAGCCAGUGGCCGUAA